AUGCUUGAGGAGUAUUGCCCAAUUAUGGAUUAUUGCCACCCAUUGUUCAAUCUAAUUUUGGAUCGCUUCUUUGUUUUGCGGGGGGCCAAAAAAAUUACUGCGCCGGCUAGAGCAUAUGAAAGUCCUCAAACAAGCCAAGAAAAAUCAGACAGUCAUAUUAGUAUCUUACUUAAACAAGGCACUAGACCCGAUAAUUCAAUAAGGAAAUUUAUUAGAGCCAUCUCAAUGGAUAAUUAUCAGUCUAUAGCAACAGCAUGUUCUAAAAAUGCCUUGGUGAAAGAGGAGCAAGGAAGAUUAGGCAUUCUUAGUAAGCUAGAAAAUUCGAGCAAGAUAAAGGUACCUUAUAUUGUUUAUGUGUCUGAUAGUCAAAGCACGUUUUCUGUUGCUGAUAUUCAAGUAAUUAGUAGACCAGUGAAGGAUCUACUGCCGAAAUAUUUACAAAACAAAACAUCGUCGAGUUUAAUCACAAGAGAGGUUUUAACAGAGAAUAACAGCCACCUAUUUGUUGUUGUUUCUGUUGUUGUUAUUAGUUCCGGACUUAUUUCCAGGAAACAACUUGUACCUCGGUUUCCAGUGCUUCGCCUCAAUAAUCCGCAGUGCUGA